CUUCAUGGCUCAGCUCUUCCUCUUCCUCUUCUCUCUUCUCUUUCUUGUUCUUCCUUUCACCAAUGCCUAUUGGCCACCCUCUCCAGGCUACUGGCCAAGCUCCAAAUUCAGGUCCAUGAGCUUCUACAAAGGCUUCAGAAAUCUCUGGGGUCCUCAACACCAAUCUGUUGACAAAAAUGCAUUAACAAUCUGGCUUGAUAACACCUCAGGAAGUGGGUUCAAGUCAGUUAAGCCUUUCAGGUCAGGCUAUUUUGGAGCAUCCAUUAAGCUUCAACCUGGUUAUACUGCAGGAGUCAUUACAGCAUUUUAUCUUUCAAAUAGUGAGGCUCAUUCAGGGCAACAUGAUGAAGUGGACAUUGAGUUUCUUGGAACAACAUUUGGGAAGCCUUAUACUUUACAAACAAAUGUUUACAUUAGAGGGAGUGGAGAUGGAAAAAUCAUUGGGAGAGAAAUGAAAUUUCAUUUAUGGUUUGAUCCCACCAAAAAUUUUCACCAUUAUGCCAUUCUAUGGAGUCCUAAAGAUCUCAUAUUCUUUGUGGAUGAUGUGCCCAUAAGGAGGUAUCCAAGGAAGAGUGCAGCAACAUUUCCCCUAAGGCCAAUGUGGGUAUAUGGUUCAAUUUGGGAUGCCUCAUCUUGGGCAACAGAAGAUGGAAAAUACAAAGCUGAUUAUAGAUACCAACCAUUUGUAGCUAGAUAUACCAAUUUCAAAGCUACUGGUUGCACCGCCUAUGCACCUGCUCGGUGCAACCCUGUCUCUGCCUCUCCGUACCCGUCCGGCAGGUUAAGCCGGCAACAAUAUUGGGCAAUGAGAUGGGCUCAAACCCAACAUAUGGUAUAUGACUAUUGCAAGGACCCCAAGAGAGAUCAUUCUUUAACACCAGAGUGUUGGAAGUUGAAGUAAAACUCGAAAUUUGUAAUUUUUUUUUUCUUGGCUUGUUAUUUAUUUUCUCUCUAUUUUUGUUUUGAAAUUUUGAAAAGGGUGUCUUGAAAUGGGUUGAAAUUUUUAUUCUUGUAUUGGUGCUA